UAGGGCCUAACUAGGCGUGUUAGGGCCUAACUAGGCGUGUUAGGGCCUAACUAGGCGUGUUAGGGCCUAACUAGGCGUGUUAGGGCCUAACUAGGCGUGUUAGGGCCUAACUAGGCGUGUUAGGGCCUAACUAGGCGUGUUAGGGCCUAACUAGGCGUGUUAGGGCCUAACUAGGCGUGUUAGGGCCUAACUAGGCGUGUUAGGGCCUAACUAAACUGAUUUAAUCCCAUUUCUACAUGGGAAUCUGUCCCUGUGUUUUGUUCCCAGAGAGAAGCUGAUCAGACUGCAGCAUGAGAACAACAUGCUGAAGCUGGCCCAGGAGGGUUCUGAUAAUGAGAAGAUCGCUCUGCUGCAGAGUUUACUGGAGGACGCAAACAGUAGGAAGAACGAACUGGAGACAGAAAACAGACUGGUGAACCAGAGACUGAUCGAGGGUCAGAGUCAGGUGGAGGAGCUGCAGAGGAGUCUUCAGGAACAGGGCUCCAAAGCAGACGAUGCGAUUUCAAUCAUUCUGAAGAAGAAAAAUGAUGCUCACAUGGAGAAAUUACGGGAAGUGAACAGUGAACUGCAGAAGAAGUGUGCGCACAUCGAUGACUUGGAGCCCAAGUACACCUCUAGUUCCCAGAAAGUAGAGGAACUGGAAGAGGCGUUAAAGAAGAAGGAUGAAGACAUGAAGCAGAUGGAGGACAGAUAUAAGAAGUACCUGGAGAAGGCGAAGAGUGUUAUCCGGACCCUGGACCCUAAGCAGAACCAGGGCUCGGCACCAGAGGUCCAGACCCUGAAGAACCAGCUGCAGGAGAGGGAAAGGAUGCUGCACUCUCUGGAGGUACCAGGGGCUGGGUUAUGGUUUAAGGGUUAG